AUGCAAGCAAACAGCCGUAAGGUUCUCGAUGACAAGGCACUCAUGCCUUGUGUUUUCCAAGAGCCGAUGACAGCACCCAGACACAUGCAAGAUGGAUCGACAGCGGUAGCUGAGCAAUUGGAAACAAUUGAUUUGAUUGAGGAUCCCUCUGCCCCAAGGCCCAUCUCCAUCAGCGUUAAUUUAACAGAUAAAGAGAAGGAGGCCAUGGUAUCUUUGCUAAAGGAAUUCUGA